AGAAAAAUAUUAGUCUGGCUACGUGAAGAAGACCCUCCAACGCCAUACGAUGACAUCAAAUAGGACGAACUCAUUGUCACAAGUAGAAACAAUUGUGCUGUUUGUAGUACUGGAAACAACCGCUAGAUGUCUAUAAAUUUAUUAACGUCACAACAACCAGUCAAGUAGGUAACUUAGCUGAACGACACAACACAUGAAAUACAUAAAGAGUGGAGUUGCAUAUCGGUUCAUUAAUGUCCGAACUGUGGUCACAACUCGUGCACUAUGACCAGAGAAGGCAAUCAACAGUCUAAUGCCUAUUUUGCUCUGGCCAUCGUGCUCUUGAUGAUAUUAUGUGUUGGAUUAUUAGUUGCAGUUAUGAAAGGUUCUCUCAACCAUGAAUUAUCAGCAGCAGCAAGUCGAAGAUCGCGUAAUAACAAAACACAAACCGUUAACCGGCCAACAAUUUUACAGGAUACUUUAGUAGCCGAUAAUGCAACUACCGAGAUAUUCGUUACAGAAAUUCUUACCGAAGCAACUACUACAGUUACCGAAACUCCUGAUUGGCAUAACAGUAGAUUACCAGAAACGGUGUUGCCCGUUCAUUAUGAUCUCACCCUUUGGCCUAAUGUGACCUUAAAUAAGUUCACUGGCCGUGUUGUUAUCACUACUAGAUUUGCGGAAGCUACUGAUAUAUUAAUUUUACACGCUGUGAUGUUAAACAUAACUGAAGUUGUAUUAACUCGAGCUUCUGACUGGACCGAAGUAAAAGUCAUUGAAAGUUUCAGUUAUCUUCCUAAUGAAUAUUGGGUGUUAAGAAUGGAUAAGAUUUUACUACCUGACACUUACAGGCUGCAUUUUCGUUACGAAGGAAAUCUUUCUGAAGAUUUAAUUGGUUUAUACCGAAGUUCCUAUAGUAAUUCUUUAACUUCAAAAACAAGAUAUUUAGUAGCCUCUAAAUUUCAACCUACCUAUGCACGUAGAGCGUUUCCUUGUUUCGAUGAACCGAAAUUUAAAUCUACAUUUACAGUGACGGUUAUACAUGAUUCAGAUUAUACAGCACUAUCAAAUAUGCCUGUACAGGAAAUUAAACCAUUUGCUGAUCAAUUCGGAAUUACAAUUACAAAAUUCCAUAAAUCGGUUCCUAUGGUCACUUAUCUAGUUUCUAUUAUGGUCUGUGAUUUUAAUUAUACAUCAACUAAAACUCCAAGAGGAACGGAGAUACGAAUUUAUUCUAGUCCUGAUAAAGUGCACAAAACUAAAUAUGCUUUACGUAUUGGUUCAAGAGUACUUCAUUUCUUUGAAACUUAUUUAAAUUUUACGUAUCCACUCACUAAACAGGACAUGGUUGCUGUCCCAUAUUUGGCUUCGGAGGCUAUGGAACAUUGGGGCUUGGUUACAUAUAGAGAGUCAAAUAUAUUAUUUGAUGAUUCCGAAUCGAGUUUAGAAAAUAAAGAGAGAAUAGCAGAAAUAAUAGCGCACGAAUUAGCACACAUGUGGUUCGGUAAUUUAGUUACAACAUAUUGGUGGAAUGAACUAUGGUUACACGAAGGUUUUGCCAGUUAUUUAGAAUAUAAAGGUGUUAAUGAAGUCGAACCCGAAUGGAAUGUGAUGGAAUGGUUCGUUACAGAUGAUCUUCAACCUACUCUACAAAUAGAUUCUUCCUUAAAUUCCCAUCCACUCAUUCAACCUUACGAAUUAAAUGGAUCAAUAACUAAGUAUUUUGAUAUAAUUGCAUACAGUAAGGGUGCCUCUAUUCUAAGAAUGUUAGAAUAUGUCAUUGGACCACAGAAUUUUCGUCUUGGAAUGACUCAAUUCCUUCACAGAUUUGCCUUCAAAAGCGUUAGAAGUGAUGAUCUAUGGCAAGCUUUUCAUAAAAUUGAUGAAAAUACAAACCUAACUGUACAUGAAAUUAUGUCCACUUGGGUGAAAGAAGUUGGAUUUCCUUGUAUAAAUGUGACUAAAGAUCCAGAAGAUCCUAAUAAUCUUAUAAUUACUCAAAAUCGAUUUCUAAAAAAUCCGGAUAUGAUCAAAUAUAUCGAAUAUGAAAAAAAUAUGACAAUGCAGAAAAAAUUAUGGCACAUUCCUCUAAGUUACGAAACAUCAUCUAGAAUAUCAGGGAUGAAAUGGUUAUCGGCACAAUCUAAACAAAAUAUAUACCUUCCAUUAUUUGGCACCGAAUGGAUUAAAUUUAACAUUAAUCAAACUGGAUAUUAUAUUGUUAACUACGAUAAUCAACAAUGGAAAAGCUUAGUAGAAGCACUAAGGACAGAUCCAGAAGUUUUUGGAGCUAUUGAUAGAUCUAAUUUAUUGUUCGAUGCAUUCGAAUUAGCAGAAGCUGGCUAUAUAAAUUAUGACAUACCACUUAGUAUGGCUCUUUAUUUAAAAAAUGAAAAUAAUGCAGUACCGUGGGAAACAGCCUCUAAAGCUUUCAUGUCCUUGUUCCGCUUAUUGGAAUUUACAAAUGUUAACCCAUUAAUAAGGAGUUACGUACGAGAGUUAACUGAAUCCCUAUACUCCCACUUUGGAUGGGAUCACACAACGACUCAUUCAGAAAGCCUCCUGCAAUCGAUUAUUUUGGGUUUGGCAUGUUAUAGUGGGUAUAAAGAAUGCCUAGCUGAAGCCAGUUCACGCUUUGAAGAAUGGAUUCGUGGCGAAGAAUUGCCAAUUAAUCUCCGUCCAUUAAUUUAUCGUUAUGGAAUGUCAGAAAUUGGUAGGGAGGAACAUUGGAAUUAUAUGUGGAAUCGUUACUUAAUUGAAGGAUCCAGUCACGAAAAACGUAAAUUAUUAUAUGGAUUAGCUCAUGUUAGAGAGCCAUGGUUAAUAAAAAGGUAUUUAGAUAUGACAUUGGAUGAGCAUAAAAUUAAGAUGCAAGAUGCUUAUUUUGUGUACACAUAUUUAACUGCAAGUUCCUUAGGAAGGGAAUUUUUAUGGACUUUUAUGAGAGCAAAUUGGAGACAUUUAACAGAAAAAUUUUCAUCAAAUAAAAGAUAUUUAGGAAAAUUAUUAAUAAAAAUCUCCAAGCACCUUACUACUGAAUGGGAAUAUGAAGAGAUGGAAGAAUUCUUCAGACAUUACCCAAAUGCAACUGGUUGGCAAAAAUCCGAAAAUCAAUGUUUAGAAAUUAUAACAAAUAACAUUCGCUGGUUAAAUCGGUAUCAAUCACCUGUUGAAAAGUGGUUGUUGACUAAAGGUUAUAAACCUUGGCAUGAUUAUCGUUUACCGUCCCACAUCAGGCCACUCCAUUAUGACCUUCGAUUAAGACCACAGCUCGUAGGAAACUAUUAUUCCGGUGAAGUAACCAUUACAGUAUCGAUGCAAAGUAGUACAAAUAUUGUAAUUUUACACGCUUCCAAAUUAAAUAUAUCAUCUACAUCAAUAUGGCGUGUAGUCGAUGGAAGAACUUUAAAUAUAAAGAAUACGUUUGCUUACAAACCCAACGAAUUCUGGGUUAUACAAUUAGAAGAUUCUAUGAUUGCUUUCUCCGAAUAUAGGCUUCAUUUUCAAUUUAAUGCGCGCUACAGUAGCAGUUUAACAGGAUUUUAUAAAAGCUUAUAUACAGAUUUUCGUACUGGCGAAACUAAAACUCUGGUUGUGUCCCAAUUCCACCCAAUUUACGCAAGAACUGUAUUUCCAAGCUUUGAUGAACCUACUUUUAAAUCAACCUUUUCUAUAUCGAUAUAUCAUGAUCCGAAAUAUAUAGCAUUAUCAAAUAUGCCAGCUAAGGAAAUGGAAGAAUUAGAUGAUGGACAAAUUCUUACAAAGUUUCAAAAAUCGGUUCCAAUGGCAACUUACCUUGUUUGUUUCGUUAUAUGUGAUUUUGUAUAUAGAGAAAGUUAUACUGAAGGAGGCACAAGAUGGUUCGGUAAUUUAGUUACAACAUAUUGGUGGAAUGAACUAUGGUUACACGAAGGUUUUGCCAGUUAUUUAGAAUAUAAAGGUGUUAAUGAAGUCGAACCCGAAUGGAAUGUGAUGGAAUGGUUCGUUACAGAUGAUCUUCAACCUACUCUACAAAUAGAUUCUUCCUUAAAUUCCCAUCCACUCAUUCAACCUUACGAAUUAAAUGGAUCAAUAACUAAGUAUUUUGAUAUAAUUGCAUACAGUAAGGGUGCCUCUAUUCUAAGAAUGUUAGAAUAUGUCAUUGGACCACAGAAUUUUCGUCUUGGAAUGACUCAAUUCCUUCACAGAUUUGCCUUCAAAAGCGUUAGAAGUGAUGAUCUAUGGCAAGCUUUUCAUAAAAUUGAUGAAAAUACAAACCUAACUGUACAUGAAAUUAUGUCCACUUGGGUGAAAGAAGUUGGAUUUCCUUGUAUAAAUGUGACUAAAGAUCCAGAAGAUCCUAAUAAUCUUAUAAUUACUCAAAAUCGAUUUCUAAAAAAUCCGGAUAUGAUCAAAUAUAUCGAAUAUGAAAAAAAUAUGACAAUGCAGAAAAAAUUAUGGCACAUUCCUCUAAGUUACGAAACAUCAUCUAGAAUAUCAGGGAUGAAAUGGUUAUCGGCACAAUCUAAACAAAAUAUAUACCUUCCAUUAUUUGGCACCGAAUGGAUUAAAUUUAACAUUAAUCAAACUGGAUAUUAUAUUGUUAACUACGAUAAUCAACAAUGGAAAAGCUUAGUAGAAGCACUAAGGACAGAUCCAGAAGUUUUUGGAGCUAUUGAUAGAUCUAAUUUAUUGUUCGAUGCAUUCGAAUUAGCAGAAGCUGGCUAUAUAAAUUAUGACAUACCACUUAGUAUGGCUCUUUAUUUAAAAAAUGAAAAUAAUGCAGUACCGUGGGAAACAGCCUCUAAAGCUUUCAUGUCCUUGUUCCGCUUAUUGGAAUUUACAAAUGUUAACCCAUUAAUAAGGAGUUACGUACGAGAGUUAACUGAAUCCCUAUACUCCCACUUUGGAUGGGAUCACACAACGACUCAUUCAGAAAGCCUCCUGCAAUCGAUUAUUUUGGGUUUGGCAUGUUAUAGUGGGUAUAAAGAAUGCCUAGCUGAAGCCAGUUCACGCUUUGAAGAAUGGAUUCGUGGCGAAGAAUUGCCAAUUAAUCUCCGUCCAUUAAUUUAUCGUUAUGGAAUGUCAGAAAUUGGUAGGGAGGAACAUUGGAAUUAUAUGUGGAAUCGUUACUUAAUUGAAGGAUCCAGUCACGAAAAACGUAAAUUAUUAUAUGGAUUAGCUCAUGUUAGAGAGCCAUGGUUAAUAAAAAGGUAUUUAGAUAUGACAUUGGAUGAGCAUAAAAUUAAGAUGCAAGAUGCUUAUUUUGUGUACACAUAUUUAACUGCAAGUUCCUUAGGAAGGGAAUUUUUAUGGACUUUUAUGAGAGCAAAUUGGAGACAUUUAACAGAAAAAUUUUCAUCAAAUAAAAGAUAUUUAGGAAAAUUAUUAAUAAAAAUCUCCAAGCACCUUACUACUGAAUGGGAAUAUGAAGAGAUGGAAGAAUUCUUCAGACAUUACCCAAAUGCAACUGGUUGGCAAAAAUCCGAAAAUCAAUGUUUAGAAAUUAUAACAAAUAACAUUCGCUGGUUAAAUCGGUAUCAAUCACCUGUUGAAAAGUGGUUGUUGACUAAAGGUUAUAAACCUUGGCAUGAUUAUCGUUUACCGUCCCACAUCAGGCCACUCCAUUAUGACCUUCGAUUAAGACCACAGCUCGUAGGAAACUAUUAUUCCGGUGAAGUAACCAUUACAGUAUCGAUGCAAAGUAGUACAAAUAUUGUAAUUUUACACGCUUCCAAAUUAAAUAUAUCAUCUACAUCAAUAUGGCGUGUAGUCGAUGGAAGAACUUUAAAUAUAAAGAAUACGUUUGCUUACAAACCCAACGAAUUCUGGGUUAUACAAUUAGAAGAUUCUAUGAUUGCUUUCUCUGAAUAUAGGCUUCAUUUUCAAUUUAAUGCGCGCUACAGUAGCAGUUUAACAGGAUUUUAUAAAAGCUUAUAUACAGAUUAUUGGUUCGGUAAUUUAGUUACAACAUAUUGGUGGAAUGAACUAUGGUUACACGAAGGUUUUGCCAGUUAUUUAGAAUAUAAAGGUGUUAAUGAAGUCGAACCCGAAUGGAAUGUGAUCUUUGGUGAUUCUAAUGAAGGUUUUAAUUCCAUUUCAGUUACCUUUCAAGUAAGAUUAGAUGAUCCUGAUAAUAGUUGGGUGAAAUUUAAUGUUAAUUCCACCGGCUAUUAUUUAGUUAAUUAUGAAAAUGAUGACUGGAGUCAUUUAGGAGAAAUUUUAAGAACUAAUUUAGAGAUGGAACAGUUUCUAUUAGAAGAAGUGCAUAAAGUACUUAUAACUGAUGCUACACAAAGUUCUCAUCCAGUGAUACAGAAUAUUGGACACCCACGUGAAAUAGCAGAAUAUUUUGAUUAUAUAUCAUACAGCAAAAUGCCUAGAAAACUAUGUUUAAUAAUUUAUAAUAUAACAUUAAAUUAUNCUAGAGCUGGUCACAUGCCUUAUGGUUUAGCAUUAGAUUUAACAGCAUAUUUAAAAGAAGAGAAACAUCUUGUUCCAUGGAGCAUUGCUAAAAAGCAGUUGCAUUACAUAAGCAGAUUAUUACAGGAAAGCAUAGAAGCGCACGAAUUAAUACAGACAAACCUAACUGUACAUGAAAUUAUGUCCACUUGGGUGAAAGAAGUUGGAUUUCCUUGUAUAAAUGUGACUAAAGAUCCAGAAGAUCCUAAUAAUCUUAUAAUUACUCAAAAUCGAUUUCUAAAAAAUCCGGAUAUGAUCAAAUAUAUCGAAUAUGAAAAAAAUAUGACAAUGCAGAAAAAAUUAUGGCACAUUCCUCUAAGUUACGAAACAUCAUCUAGAAUAUCAGGGAUGAAAUGGUUAUCGGCACAAUCUAAACAAAAUAUAUACCUUCCAUUAUUUGGCACCGAAUGGAUUAAAUUUAACAUUAAUCAAACUGGAUAUUAUAUUGUUAACUACGAUAAUCAACAAUGGAAAAGCUUAGUAGAAGCACUAAGGACAGAUCCAGAAGUUUUUGGAGCUAUUGAUAGAUCUAAUUUAUUGUUCGAUGCAUUCGAAUUAGCAGAAGCUGGCUAUAUAAAUUAUGACAUACCACUUAGUAUGGCUCUUUAUUUAAAAAAUGAAAAUAAUGCAGUACCGUGGGAAACAGCCUCUAAAGCUUUCAUGUCCUUGUUCCGCUUAUUGGAAUUUACAAAUGUUAACCCAUUAAUAAGGAGUUACGUACGAGAGUUAACUGAAUCCCUAUACUCCCACUUUGGAUGGGAUCACACAACGACUCAUUCAGAAAGCCUCCUGCAAUCGAUUAUUUUGGGUUUGGCAUGUUAUAGUGGGUAUAAAGAAUGCCUAGCUGAAGCCAGUUCACGCUUUGAAGAAUGGAUUCGUGGCGAAGAAUUGCCAAUUAAUCUCCGUCCAUUAAUUUAUCGUUAUGGAAUGUCAGAAAUUGGUAGGGAGGAACAUUGGAAUUAUAUGUGGAAUCGUUACUUAAUUGAAGGAUCCAGUCACGAAAAACGUAAAUUAUUAUAUGGAUUAGCUCAUGUUAGAGAGCCAUGGUUAAUAAAAAGGUAUUUAGAUAUGACAUUGGAUGAGCAUAAAAUUAAGAUGCAAGAUGCUUAUUUUGUGUACACAUAUUUAACUGCAAGUUCCUUAGGAAGGGAAUUUUUAUGGACUUUUAUGAGAGCAAAUUGGAGACAUUUAACAGAAAAUUGUUACAUAAGUAAUUUAGACGAAGGAACAUAUCGAUGUCCCGAUGGAUCUAGCCCAAGUAUUCGACAAAAAAUCGUUUCUGGAGUACUUGGAGCGGCUUCCAGUGUUACUUCCAUUCAAGUGGCUAACUUACUUCGAUUAUUUAAAAUACCACAAUUGCAAAAAAGGGGACGAGGGAGUCCACGUAGAGAGCAUACAAGAGAUAUAGAAGAAAAUACUCAGACAAGCGAAAUGUCAGGAGAGGAAUACGUAAUUGAGGAACAUUCCAAGAAUACUACUGAUAUCUCGAGGUAUGCUACAAUAAAAGACUUUUUCGAACCGGAAGAAGAUUUACUAACAAAGACUAUUGAACCUGAAUACUCACUUAAAUCGCUCUAUGAAUUAAUCCAAGACAAAUUUGAUAGUUUGAACUUCGAAAUCCGUUCCAUGAAAGCUGAAAUCAACAAAAUGAACGAAGAAAAUUUAAAGCUCAAGGAAGAGUUAAAAGAUAUGUGUAAAAAAAUACGUUUAUUAGAAGAAAGAACAGAUUCGUACAGUAAGUUAAAAGGUAUGGUGGAUUUUGAAAUUGAUAAAAUGUUAAACGAUAGAACUAAGAAGAAUCUAAUUAUAUUUAAUUUUCCAUUUAAAACCUCGGAAUAUGCAGAAGAAUUUAAAAAAUUUAUAAAAGAAAAUUUACAGCUUAAUGGUAUAGAUAUCGAAGGUCUUAUUCAAAUAGGAAAUAGAAGAAAUAAUCAAGAAAAAAGGAGAAUGGCUAAAGAUAUGGAAAAUAAAUACAGAAAAAUGAGUGAAGAUAAUUGGAUAGUUAUAGAUAAUGAAUUGAAUGAGAAAAAGUUCCAUAGAAAGCGACUUAGAACGUACAUAAUUGAUUUGGCGUGUGAUAACGCUAAUAAACUUUGCUUAGAAGAAGCUUCUAAACGGUUAUCUCUAUGGAUGGAUGGCUAUAGCAUACCUCCAAAUUUACGAACAUUAAUUUAUCGAUAUGGUAUGUGGCAUGGUGGUAAUGAUACUGUAUGGGAAUACAUGUUUCAACAAUAUUUAACAAAUAGUUAUUCGAAGCAUGGUAAAAGGUUAUUAUACGGUUUGGCUUUCACGAAAAAUGAGCAUCUGAUAACAAGAUAUCUUAAUCAUACUAUGAACAGCACUUUAAUAAGAAAACAAGAUGUUUAUACAGUACUGCGUUACUUGGCAGCUAAUCCUCUAGCACGUCCACACGUUUGGAAAUUUAUUAGAGAAAAAUGGAAAGAACUAAUAGGAAGAUUUUCCACAAAAAGUACUGAUUUUGGAAGACUCGUAAGACACGUUUGCAGUUACUUUGAUACAGAUGAGCAUCUCCAAGAGAUGAUUAAAUUUUUCAAAGUUAUAAGUGGAGAUAGAGCAAGUAGGAGGGCAAGACAAGAAGCCAUUACAAACGUUCUGAACAAUAUCCAUUGGCUAAAAAAAUACAAAGCAGCUGUAACGGACUGGUUAAGAAGUAAACCAAAUUAGUUGCCAAGAAAAAUAGAAAUAUAUUUUUAAACAAUUCAGUCAAAAUAUUGUACAUUUUGUACGAUUUUUAUCAAUUAUUUCUUCAAUUUUGAAGAAAACAUAACAAGAUUGUUCCAAGAAAACAAUAUCUUUUCAAGAAAUAAUAUUUUUUUAAAGUGCAAAAUAUGUUAUGUUUAAUUGUAAAUACGUGAAUUGUCCCUAUUUAUAUCUUCGCACAAUUAAAUAAAACUUUAUUUGUUUAUUAUUAUUAUUAUUAUUAAAAGAAGUUCGAAUAUUUCGAACAUAAAUCUUCUGUGAUUUAAUUAAUUAAUUAAUUUGAAU